UUGCUAAUCAAACAUCACAAACAAGCUCUCCACAAAGCUUUGGAAAAUCUUAAGUCUGAGUUGAUGUUAAUGGGGUUCUUGUCAUUGCUAUUGACUGUGGGACAAGGGAUUAUCACUGAUAUAUGUGUGCCAAAAAGUUUAAGUAAUUCAUGGCAUCCAUGCAAAGAGAAGAGUAAGGGGGUGGUGGAGAAGAGUCGAACUUUCGACAGUAAAGUGCUUGUAAGCAAGUGCAAGAGCAAGAAUAUGGACCCUUUUUUAUCAUAUGAUGGCCUUCACCAGCUCCAUAUAUUCAUUUUUACUUUGGCUGUGUUUCAUGUUCUCUAUUGUUUAAUCACUAUGCUUUUGAGUAAACUGAAGAUGAAAAUCUGGAAGUCAUGGGAAAAUGAAGCUAAAACAGCAGAAUACCAGUUCUCUCAUGAUCCAAACAGGUUUAGGCUUGCCAGAAAUACUAGCUUCAUUAGAAGGCACUUGGGAUUUUGGAGUGAAUCAACAAUUCUUAUUUGGGUUGUUUGCUUCUUUAGACAGUUUGUGAGUUCAGUUCCUAAAAUUGAUUUUUUGACACUAAGACAUGGGUUUAUCAUGGCUCAUUUAGCUCCACAAAGCUCUGCUAAAUUUGAUUUUCAGAAGUAUAUAAAGAGGUCACUUGAAGAGGACUUCAAAGUUGUUGUUGGAAUAAGUCCAGCUUUGUGGUUGCUUGCAGUGUUCUUCCUGUUGUUCAAUAUUGAUGGAUGGUAUUCUUAUCUAUGGCUACCAUUUAUCCCUUUAAUUGUCAUUCUAUUAGUAGGAACAAAACUACAAGUGAUCAUUACAAAGAUGGCAAUGCAAAUUGUUGGAGAUGGAGAUGUAAUUAAGGGCGACCCCGUUGUUCAACCAACCGAUGAACUCUUCUGGUUCAAACAUCCUCAUCUCUUGCUCCAUCUCAUCCACUUUGUCCUCUUUCAGAAUGCUUUUCAGCUUGCCUUCUUCACAUGGACAUGGUAUGAAUUUGGAUACCCUUCAUGCUUCCACAGACAAUUCGAAGACAUAUUAAUCAGAAUCUCAUUGGGAAUUCUUGUUCAAGUUCUAUGUAGUUAUGUCACCCUUCCACUCUAUGCAUUAGUAACACAGAUGGGUUCUAAUAUCAAGCCGACGAUUUUUUCUGAAAGAGUAGAAGCAGCCUUGAGAAAAUGGCAUGAACAAGCAAGGAAUCGAGUUGCUAAAAACCACAGAUCAAUGUCUUCAACUUGGUCAAAUACAUCGGGAGCAAGUUUCUCGCUGUCACAUUCAUCAAAACACCUUCAAAGUUUCAUAGACAAGAUCAUGCUUUCGCCGAGAAAUUCACACAUUAACAUUGAUAUUGCCGGUGUAAAACAACAUCAUCAGAAGACACAUUCACUUGAAGGAGUAGAAGAAGCAGACAUAAACAUAGUGCAGUCACACAGAGUUCUUAAUCAUAGCAUUGGAUGA